GCACAAAAAUAUAAACAAUUUAUUUUUUUUAGUAUUAUAUUUAAUUUAGUUAUUUAAAAAAUGACGCUGCAAUGUCGUACCUGUGGAAACGUUAUUUACAAUAUGAACGCUAAAAAUCUAUUCUUAAGUGAAAACACUGAAAUAUUAAUGAACAUUAAAAAUGUGACUGGAACAACUCUAGAAAAAUGCCCUGAGCUUCCAUUCCAUAUAUGCGCUUGCUGUCUUCUUGAUCUGAAACAAGCCGUCUUCCAUAUAAAAGUAUUCCGUGAUCGCUGUCUAAAGACGCAAGAGAAGCUGCUGAUGACACAAACACAUGUUGAACUUUCUUCGAAAGGAAACAUGGAACUGAAUAGUUAUUAUAAUAUUAAAAGGGAAACCAUUUUAAAUUACGAUGAACUACCUAUUGAAAUUGAUAGACUAGAAGACGACUUCGAUGAUGAGGAAGAUGAGCUAAUUGAUUUUUAUGACGAUAAUUUUUCAAGUGAUAUUGAAGCUAGUUCUGUUGAAGCUCCCACGGAAGAUGCCGACUACGUAAUAACAAGCGUUCAAGAUGAAAUGCGCAGUAUAUGUGAAUUUAGCAGCGAGAGUCAAGAGACAACCGAUGAGUUUCAGGAACUCUCGGAUAAUGAAUUAGUUCAAAAUAAAAGCUACGGUGACAAAAGUAAAUCUACUAGUUUCACAAGCAGUACGCCAACAACUUUUACCAACCUGCUUUUGAACACAGAAAAUUCAAAUGCUAAUACAAAUAUGAAAGUACACAAGCAACAUUUGAAUGAAAACAAUUUGGACAGUAAUACCCCUGUUAAGACCAAAAAAACCUACACCAGCUGGAAGAAUCUGACAGAAGAGCAAAUUGUUGAUCGCCGCCGGAAACAAAGGCUUCGAGAUUGUAUUUGCGACCAGUGUGGCAGGCAUUUCACAGAUCAAAGUAACUUCAAAUUGCAUAUGCUCCGACACACCGGCAUCAAGAAUUUUAAAUGUAACGAAUGUGGUAAACUAUUCUAUACCGACCACUUGCUACAGCUCCAUGAACGCACUGUCCAUCGCGGAGAGCGACCAUAUGCUUGCAAGUACUGCGAUAAGACGUUUAACAGCAGCACAACUCGUGUAAUGCACGAACGCUCCCAUACGAAUGUGCGGCCAUACACCUGCGAAUAUUGCGAUAAAUCAUUUAUAUCUACAUCCGCUCUUAAGCGACAUGAUCUAACACACAAUGGCGUGCGAGCAUUUUACUGUAAUAUAUGCGACAAAACAUUUCAAAGAAAUACCCAUUUAAAGGCUCAUUUACGUUCCAAGUUACAUGCCAUGAAAGAAAACAAUAUUAACUUACUACGGGAGUUUGAAUAA